AGCCUUAUCUCACACGUGCCAACGGCGCUCACUUGGAAAACCAUCGGCCGGAACACGUCGCGCGCGCUCUCCUCUUCCCCGUCUGUCCGUCGGCAAGAGCGCAAUGGCUCUCGCGAGCUGCUUCUCUCCUCCUUUUCGGCCUCCUCUCUGUGCCGGUGGCCGCUCGUUAUCUCCCGUCGCCUGCGCUUGCGCACAGACCGUCACCACCGCUCCUGCUGCUCCUUCCCUCCCCAAAGCCCUACCGGCGAUCCUGGACUCUAGGCUCAUCGCGUGCCUCCGAGCUCGAGAUGGAAAUACCGCGAUGGAAGCUGCUUGUGCUGCUCUUAGUGGUGGCAUAUCCGUUCUAGAGAUUGUGAUGUCUACUCCAGGUGUGUUGGAGGUGAUAAGAGGACUUUUAAAGGAUUAUCCUUCAUCGGUAAUAGGGGUUGGUACUGUCUUAAAUGCUGAGGAUGCAAGAAAAGCUGUGAAAGCUGGAGCCCAGUUUCUCAUGAGUCCUGGUACAGUCAUGGAGAUAUUACUAGAUCUUCAAAACACUGAUGUCUUAUAUAUUCCAGGAGCGAUGACGCCAACAGAAGUAUUAUCUGCAUAUAAUGCUGGUGCAAGAAUUAUCAAGAUUUAUCCAGUUUCGGUCUUAGGUGGAUGCGAUUAUAUAAAAGCACUUAAAAAACCAUUCCCCCAUAUUCCAAUGGUUGCUUCGCAAGGCACCACGACAGAUUCAAUCAGAAAAUACAUUGAGUGUGGAGCCUCAGCUGUUGUACUUUCAGAUGCUAUAUUUGAGAAAGAAGCCAUGAGACACAGAAAUUUCGACGAAAUACAUAGGCUAGCUCAUCUUGCCACUCUUCAAGUUGGCCAGGCUGGAAAAUGUUAAGCAAGUAAAAAGCUAUGGUCGAUAGCAUUGAGAUUUACGAGAAUUGGCUUAACGCGUCACUCUUCUAUUUUACAUGUUUUUGGAAGGGCAUCAUGGUUUAUUUCUCUUGGGAUCUUCGUCACACUUAGUGUUUGACCCAAAACAACUUGUUUCAGGAUCAGUCAGGUGGUUUCGAUCUCCCUUCUACGUCGAUGCAUGACUCCACAGUUCUCGGAAGGUGAUGCUGCUUAAAUCGUAAAUCAUUUUCCAAGCAGACCAGCAAUUUGGGCUUGAAUGUUCAUUCAGAUGACCAGCCUUUAGUUCGUGUAUUCAUAUCAUCCAUUUUGUUGAUAAAGAGGACUAAAACCUAAUGUAAUCUCUUGUUUCAUAGAAGAAAAUACAUCUUUUGAUAUGAUUGAUCAAAUCAUGUAUAAGAAUGUGGGAAUUCAAAGCACAUUGGAAGCUCUAU